AUGUCUAAGAAACGAAAAGCCAAUGAAGAUAAUGAACAAUUAUCUUCAAAAUCACAUAGUAAAAAGAAUCGUUUAUUGGGUGAUAACAAUCAAAGUACAUCUGAAAGUUCCCAUUCAUCGAUCAGUCAAAUACAUUAUACACCAUAUGCAUCAUUAAACAAACCUUCAUCAUCAGAAACUGCACAUUUAUGGAGUCCAUUGGAUAGUCUUAAUUCAUCAUUUUCAUCGACAUCUUCCAAUUGUGAUUAUGAUUCAAUAUCAUCAUCAUAUGGAUCAGAGAUACGAGCUAAUAGUAAUCUUACAACAACCACAGAUGACUCAUCAAUGGUUUAUAAUCCAAACCAUCAAAUAGGUAAACAAGAAGUACAUGGCGCAAAAAGAGAAUUAUUACCACAAUUAAAUGGUACACCACCACCAAAGAAAAAGCCAAGAAAUGAUGGAAUAUCAACAUUACCAACUCCACCACCGUCCACUGAUUUUUCAUCUGUUGCGGCUAAAAUGAUGGAAAAAAUGGGUUACGAUAAAAAUCGUGGUAUUGGUCUUAAUGCCAAAGGUCCAACAAAAUUAAUUGAAGAAAGUAAACAAAAAGGACGCCGUGGUCUUGGCUUUAGUUAUAAAGAUUUUAAUGAUGAAACAGUUGACUGGGAUUUUAAUAAUGAUCCUGCUCCAGUAGAAGAAGAAGUUCAUUGGUGUCCAUCUAGUGAUCAUCUUGAAGCUCCAUUAAAUCUCGAUGAAAUGCGCGAAUGGAUUACACUUGGACCAAAAAAGAAAGUAAUCGAUGAUGAAGUUGAAUUUUGUGAUGAAGAUAUUCUUAAAGAAAUGCUAAAUGGAAAAACUGUAUUCGAUGAAUUACCACAAAAAGAAAUGGAAGAAGCUCGAGCACGAAGUAAUGUCUAUGAAACCAUUGGACAAUCAAUUUUUCUCAAUCGAGCUGCAGUUAAAAUGGCUAAUAUUGAUUCUGUUUUCCAACGAAUAUUUACCGAUCCUAAAACUCCUAAUAAUCAAAGAUCACUUGUUCACCCUGAUGAACCAUUAUAUUUUGCUGAUAUAUGUGCUGGUCCCGGUGGUUUUAGUGAAUAUAUUUUAUGGAAAAAACAAUGGCGUGCAAAAGGAUUUGGUUUUACAUUAAAAGGAAAAUCAGAUUUUACUCUUCAUAAGUUUCUUGCUGGUACACCUGAAACAUUUGAUCCAUAUUAUGGUGUCAAAGAUAUUGAUGGUGAUGGUGAUAUAUUUAAAUCUGAAAAUAUAGAUGCUUUACAAAAUUAUGUAAAUAAAUGUACAAAAUAUAAUGGUUUACAUAUUGUUAUGGCUGAUGGAGGAUUUUCGGUUGAAGGACAAGAAAAUAUUCAAGAAAUUUUAAGUAAACAAUUAUAUUUAUGUCAAUUUCUAACAGCUUUGUCAAUUCUUCGACCAGGUGGUCAUUUUGUUUGCAAACUAUUUGAUUUAUUUACACCAUUCAGUGUCGGACUUGUUUAUUUAAUGUAUCGAACAUUCAAUCAAAUAUCGAUUCAUAAACCAGUUACAAGUCGACCAGCAAAUUCUGAACGAUAUAUUAUUUGUAAAAGUCUUCGUGGAGAUAUUCGAGAUAUUGUACGUACCUAUAUGUAUGAAAUAAAUGCUCUUCUGAAUCAACAUCAAGCUGAUACUGAGCAUAAUGAUGUUCAAUCAAUUGUUCCAAUGAAUAUUUUAAAAGAAAAUGAAAAAUUUUAUGAAUAUAUUCGAAACUCGAAUAAUCAAUUGGGUGAAAAUCAAAUAAAGAAUUUAAAAAAGAUUCGUGCUUUUGUUAGCAAUGCAUCUUUGAAAGAUUAUCGACAAAAUGAAAUUCGUUCACAAUGUCUUCACUUAUGGGAGAUACCAAAUGAACCACGACAAAAACCAAAAAGAUUAAUGUACAAUGAUGUUCAAAAUGAUCUUAUUUUUCAACUUGGCAAUGGUAUGGAAAAUAUUCUUUGUAAUAUACCAAAUUUAUUUAAACAUUCUGUUCUUGAUCAACAUCAAAUACAAUCAUUAUUUGAUUAUCGAUGUACAUUGUCAUUAGGUGAACCUGUUCUACUCGUAUCAUGUGGUCGAAGUUCAGUUUUUGCUUUGGAAUUAAAAAAUAAAGAUAAACGCUGGACGUCAUUAGAACGAACACCAUUUAAAAUUGAAUUACCACCACAUACUUUAUUACUUGCCGAACGUGUCCAAGAACAAUUUGAUGAUGGUAGAAAUAAUCGUCAACGAUCAGCAAUUUAUAUAAUUGACGCGUAUUUUAUUGCUAAUGAAAACAUGCUUUUUCAAAAUGGACGUCCGAUGGUUUUUAUGGAUCGAUAUCGUUCAUUAAAAUUAUUUGAAAAAACAAUUAAUAAACCAGCUCGUGUUGAUCUCGUACCUAUUCGGAUUCAUGAACAAUUACGUUUGGAACAGAUGGAUGUCCAAUUUGAAAAGUUAUGUACUUCUGGAUCAUUAAAUCAAAUUGAUAGUGAACGAUUACGGUUUACUAAUAACGAGAUUGAAAGUAAACCAUGUGCAGCAGUUCGUGGUUUAUGGAUAUUUAAAUUUGUUCAAUAUCCGUGGACAAUUUUAUUAAGUAAAUCUCAUCAAACAAAAUAUUUUCAUAAUCAAAUGAACCGUACAUCAAUACCAGCUGCUCCACCUGAUUCUUCACAUGUAGCUUCAUUACGAUCAAUGCUUGAAAACAGUUUCUAUUGGGAUUUUAAUAAUCGUGAUGAUUCUGUACAAAAAUCAACUUUUAUAUCAUUUAUUCAAGAAAAAAAUCAUGAAAUACAAUCACAACAACGUGCUACUCUUCACCGAGCUGCUACUAGUAGCAACAAUUAA